AGAGAGAGAGUCAGAUUAGUGAACCGAAGCUGAAAAAAAGAAGCGGAAUUCGUCUCCUCUGAUUCUCUGGAUUUAUCUCGUCUCCUUUUUUCUCCUCUCGGAUGUUAAUGAAUCAGUCGAUGAACUGAUGAAUUGAUGAACUGAUGAAUUGAUGAACUGAUUGGCAGCUGCAGCAGAAGGAAAGUGGAUCAUUAGAGAGAAAAUGUGCAGAAGUAGUUUGUGCUGAUGGAGCGGAGAGCGUCAGGAAACUGAUCAAACUGCGGAUUGAUAAAAGAUGAUUAUCGGUGUUUGGAGCUGAGGAGCUGAGACAGAGAAGCAGCGGAGAUGUACGAAGAAAGCCGAAAAAGUGGCGGUCAUAACGGCUACACCAAAGCAGUGGAUGGGGAGGAGGGAGGAGAGGAGGGGGAGGAAGAGGAGGAGGGAGGAGAGGGAGAUGGAGCAGGAGAGGGAGGAGGAGGAGGAGGUGAGGAGAGAGACGCAGAGUGGGACGAAGAGCUGGAUGGAGAGAACGAGGGAGGCGUGAGGAUGACGAGAACCGACACACUUCACUCGACCACAAGUUCGACCGGAACACAGAGGAAGAGAGGACAACACGCUAAGAAACAGGUGCAGGGCAGUAAUCAGGUCCAGCGAGCUCCUCGAGCGUUAUUCUGCCUGAAACUCAACAAUCCAAUCAGACGAGCCGCUCUCUCUAUCGUCGAGUGGAAACCGUUUGAUAUCUUCAUCCUGUUAGCCAUCUUUGCUAACUGUGUCGCUCUGGGAGUUUCUAAACCGUUUCCUGAGGACGACUCCAACUCCACCAACCACGACCUGGAACAAGUGGAGUAUGUCUUCCUCAUCAUCUUCACUGUGGAGACCUUCCUGAAGAUCUUAGCCUAUGGUCUGGUGAUGCACCCCAGCUCCUACAUCCGCAACGGCUGGAACCUGCUCGACUUCGUCAUCGUCAUCGUCGGGUUGUUCAGUGUUGUCUUGGAGACAAUGACUCAUAAAUCUGGUGAGCAGGCGACUACGCACCACAUGCCAGGAAAACCUGGAGGUCUGGACGUCAAAGCUCUGAGAGCCUUCAGAGUCCUGAGGCCCCUCAGGCUGGUCUCUGGAGUCCCCAGUCUGCAGAUUGUGUUGAACUCUAUCAUGAAGGCAAUGGUUCCUCUGCUCCACAUUGCUCUGCUGGUUCUCUUCGUCAUCAUCAUCUACGCCAUCAUCGGUCUGGAGCUUUUCAUUGGACGCAUGCACAGGACCUGCUACUACACAGGAACAGAUAAUUAUGUGGAGGAUGACCCAGUGCCAUGUGCAUUUGCCGGUCACGGUCGUCAGUGCACCGUUAAUGGCUCAGAGUGUCGAGGGAGGUGGGACGGUCCCAACGGAGGAAUCACCAACUUUGACAACUUCUUCUUUGCCAUGUUGACUGUGUUCCAGUGCAUCACCAUGGAGGGAUGGACCGACGUUCUGUACUGGAUGAAUGAUGCCAUAGGGUUCGAGCUGCCCUGGGUUUAUUUUGUCAGUCUGGUGAUUUUCGGCUCGUUCUUCGUUCUCAACCUGGUUCUGGGAGUCCUCAGUGGAGAGUUCAGUAAGGAGAGGGAGAAGGCGAAGGCUCGGGGAGAUUUCCAGAAGCUGAGGGAGAAGCAACAGAUGGAGGAGGAUCUGUGUGGAUACAUGGACUGGAUCACUCAGGCUGAGGACAUGGAUGAUCUGGACGAAGAUGGAAACCCACGUCCGUCUCUGGGUGAUCUGUCAGAUAAGAAGAGAGGGAAGUUUGGAUGGUUCAGUCACUCCAAUGAAACACACGCGAGUCUUCCUGCCAGUGAAACAGCUUCUGAAAACACCGAAAACAUAGACGAGGAACACACCAACUGCUGCCAGGCCUGCUGUGCAAAGAUGAUGAAGAUCAGCUGCUGUCGGACUCUGCGGAGGUGGAAUCGUGUUUGUCGUAGAAAUUGUCGAACAGCUGUGAAGUCGGUGACGUUUUAUUGGCUCGUUCUGCUGCUCGUCUUCCUCAACACCUCCCUCAGUGCCUCUGAGCAUUACGACCAACCUGAGUGGCUGACACAAGUCCAGGACAUCGCCAACAAGGUGCUGCUGUCUCUGUUCACCGUGGAGAUGCUGUUGAAGAUGUACAGUCUGGGUCUGGCUCAUUACUUCGUGGCGUUCUUCAACCGCUUCGACUGCUUCGUGGUGUGCGGCGGCAUCGUGGAGACGAUCCUGGUGGAGAUGGACAUCAUGCCUCCUCUGGGCAUCUCGGUGCUGCGCUGCGUCCGCCUGCUCCGCAUCUUCAAGGUCACACGCCAUUGGACGGCUCUGUCCAACCUGGUGGCGUCCUUGCUGAACUCCAUGAAGUCCAUCGCCUCCCUGCUGCUGUUGCUCUUCCUCUUCCUCAUCAUCUUCGCUCUGCUCGGCAUGCAGCUGUUCGGAGGCAAGUUCAACUUCGAUGAGACGCAGACCAAACGCAGCACCUUCGACGCCUUCCCGCAGGCGCUGCUCACCUGCUUCCAGAUCCUGACAGGUGAGGACUGGAACGUGGUGAUGUACGACGGCAUCAUGGCGUACGGAGGACCUGUGUUCCCGGGGAUGAUCGUCUGCGUUUACUUCGUCAUCCUCUUCAUCUGUGGAAACUACAUCCUGCUGAACGUCUUCUUGGCCAUCGCUGUGGACAACCUGGCCGGAGGAGACGGAGACGACAAGAAGAAAGAGAAGAAGAAGGAGGGAGCUGAGGAGGAGGAGGAGGAGGCUGAGGAAGGAGAAGUGAAGGUGGACGUGGACGAAGACACUGAGUACGAGGAGGAGGAGGAGCUUCCUGAAGGAGACGAUGAUGGAGGAGUCCAGUUAAAGAUGGCCGACCUUGCUCCUCCUAAAGAAAAGGUUCUUCCAAUCCCAGAAGGCAGUGCGUUCUUCUGCCUCAGCAAAACGAACCCGAUCCGUGUGGCCUGUCACACUCUGAUCCACCACCACAUCUUCACCAACCUCAUCCUCGUCUUCAUCAUCCUCAGCAGCUGCUCAUUGGCUGCUGAGGAUCCAAUCAGAGCACACUCCUUCAGGAACAACAUCCUGGGUUACGCAGACUACGCCUUCACCUCCAUCUUCACCGUAGAGAUCCUGUUAAAGAUGACGGUCCACGGAGCGUUCCUCCAUCAGGGCUCGUUCUGCAGGAACUGGUUCAACCUGCUGGAUCUGCUGGUCGUCAGCGUGUCUCUGGUCUCCUUCUUCCUGCACUCCAGUGCGAUCUCGGUGGUGAAGAUCCUGCGAGUCCUCCGGGUGCUCAGACCUCUGAGAGCCAUCAACAGAGCCAAAGGACUGAAGCACGUGGUCCAGUGUGUGUUUGUGGCGAUCAGGACGAUCGGAAACAUCAUGAUCGUCACAACUCUGCUGCAGUUCAUGUUCGCCUGCAUCGGAGUCCAGCUCUUCAAGGGGAAAUUUUAUCGCUGCACAGAUGAAGCCAAACACACCCCUGAACAGUGCAAAGGGACCUUCGUCGUGUAUAAGGACGGGGAUGUGAGUCACCCGAUGGUCCGGCAGCGUCUGUGGCAGAACAGUGACUUUAACUUUGAUAACGUGCUGAUGGGGAUGAUGGCGCUCUUCACUGUCUCCACCUUUGAGGGCUGGCCCGCGCUGCUGUACAAAGCCAUCGACGCUAACGGGGAGAACUCUGGUCCCAUCUACAACUACCGGGUGGAGAUCUCCAUCUUCUUCAUCGUCUACAUCAUCAUCAUCGCCUUCUUCAUGAUGAACAUCUUCGUGGGUUUCGUCAUCAUCACCUUCAGAGAGCAGGGAGAGCAGGAGUACAAGAACUGUGAGCUGGACAAGAACCAGCGUCAGUGUGUGGAGUAUGCUCUGAAGGCUCAGCCGCUCAAACUCUACAUCCCAAAGAAUCCGGUUCAGUACAAGUUCUGGUCCAUCAUCAACUCCACAGGCUUCGAGUACGUCAUGUUCGUCCUCAUCCUGCUCAACACCGUCACUCUGGCUGUCCAGCACUACGAACAGUCCAAAACCUUCAGCUACAUCAUGGACAUCCUCAACAUGGUGUUCACUGGACUCUUCACUGUGGAGAUGCUGCUGAAGCUGCUCGCUCUCAGACUCAGGCAUUACUUCGUGGACGCCUGGAACUCAUUUGACGCUCUGAUCGUGGUCGGCAGCGUGGUCGACAUCGUGGUCACAGAGUUCAGCAGCGGAGAGGACAGCUCCAGAGUCUCCAUCACCUUCUUCCGUCUGUUUCGAGUGAUGCGAUUGGUCAAGCUGCUGAGUAAAGGGGAGGGGAUUCGUACGCUGCUGUGGACGUUCAUCAAAUCGCUGCAGGCUCUGCCGUACGUUGCUCUGCUCAUCGCCAUGAUCUUCUUCAUCUACGCCGUCAUCGGCAUGCAGACGUUUGGGAAGAUCGCGAUGCAGGAUUACACUCAGAUCAACAGAAACAACAACUUCCAGACUUUUCCUCAGGCUGUUCUCCUCCUCUUCAGGUGUGCCACAGGUGAGGCGUGGCAGGAGAUCAUGUUGGCCAGCCUCCCAGGUAAACGCUGUGACCCUGAGUCAGACUAUGAACCAGGAGAAGAGUUCAGCUGCGGCAGCAACUUCGCCAUCGUUUACUUCAUCAGCUUCUUCAUGCUGUGUGCUUUCCUGAUCAUCAACCUGUUCGUCGCUGUCAUCAUGGACAACUUUGACUAUCUGACACGUGAUUGGUCGAUUCUGGGACCACAUCACCUGGAUGAGUUUAAGAGGAUCUGGUCUGAGUACGACCCAGAGGCCAAGGGUCGUAUAAAACACCUGGAUGUUGUGGCUCUGCUCAGGAGGAUUCAGCCUCCUCUGGGCUUUGGGAAGCUUUGUCCUCACAGAGUGGCCUGUAAGCGUCUGGUGGCGAUGAACAUGCCCCUGAACUCUGAUGGGAUGGUGACCUUUAACGCCACACUCUUCGCUCUGGUCCGCACUGCCCUCAAGAUCAAGACUGAAGGUAACCCUGACCAGGAGAACGAGGAGCUGAGGGUGAUCAUCAAGAAGAUCUGGAAGAGAAUGAAACCAAAACUACUGGACGAGGUCAUACCACCACACGAAGAGGAGGAAGUAACAGUUGGGAAGUUUUACGCAACUUUCCUGAUCCAGGAUUAUUUCAGGAAGUUCAGGAAGAGGAAAGAGAAAGGAGAUCUGACCGGAGAGUCCGACUCCACCAACCCGUCUGCUGUACAGCUGUGUAAAGCCGGUCUGAAGACUCUGCAGGAUCUGGGUCCAGAGAUGCGUCUGGCUCUGAACGAGGACCUGGAGGAGGAGGAGGAGGCCUUGAUGGAGGACGAAGAGCUGGAGGAGAAUGCUGCGUACAAGGGUGAAAACGGGUUUGGACCAGAGAAAGAUCGACGAGGCUCCAUCCUGACCACGCCCACUGGUCCCGGUGGUGUUGUCGGUGACGGAGGUCUGUCUAAUGGAGGUCUGAUCCACCGGGUGGGUUCUCUCACCAAGAUGCCAAAUGGCAGCGAACACGAUGAACACCUUCACCGUGGAGACAACAUGAGGUCAUCUGUCAAUCAUCAUCAUCACCGCCGCCCGUCAGUGAAGAACGGCCUGCUGGACCACACCCACAAGAGACCUUCAUACUACAAGCAUGGAAGGAGGGACUCAAGGGACAGAUACUGGAGGAACGGGGACAUGGAGGCGUACGGAGAGCAAGGUUACUACAGCAGAGAGGAAGACAACGACAGCAUCACCUCCAGAGACAGACAUUAUCCCGACGAGCCUCCUCUGUACAGAGACCAUUAUGAUGGCCACGCCCCCUACAACAGUAGCUAUGGUAACGGCUACAGCGAGGGCAGGAGGAUGACCCGGAGACGCCUACUUCCUGCCACGCCCACAGGUCGGAAACCGUCCUUUAACAUCCAGUGUCUGAGGAGACAGGGCAGCAGUGAUGACCUGCCAAUCCCCGGGACGUACCACCCCACCUCACCGCCACGCCGCACACGCACACAAAUGUUCAGCAGUUACGAGUCUCGUCACUCCUCCGGUCGCUCCUCGGCAGCCUCCUCGGCAUCCUGGGCGAACUCGUGUCCUCGCCGCGGACGCCUCCUCUAUGCUCCUCUCAUCCUAGUGGAGGAGGAAGGCAGCCCGCCUUGGGGGGGAGGAGGAGGAGGAGGAGGACCUGGGGGUGAGGGGAAGAAGGGAGGAGCAGGAAGAGCUGAACCUCACCUGCUGUGUUGUCGUCUGUCAUCAUCAGGUGUCAGUGUGACUGGGGCGGCGCCCAGACCGGCCUGGUACAGUGGCCCCGCAGGGACAUCAGCGCCGCCGCCGUACAGAGCCUACACCACCCUCAGAGUCCCCUCGCAGCUCGGAGCUCAGUUCACAGAGAAGCGAGGGUCGGCCGACAGCCUGGUGGAGGCGGUCCUGAUCUCCGAGGGUCUCGGUCUUUACGCUCGGGAUCCCAAGUUCGUGGCGUUUGCGAAGCGGGAGAUUGCUGACGCGUGUCACAUGACCGUGGAUGAGAUGGAGUCGGCCGCCAGCGACCUGCUCGGCUCCGGGAGCCACGGCUUCCUCAGCAAUGCAGCCACCGACCCUGCCGCGCUCUACAGCGAUGAGGAGCCAAUCAGGACGGGCCGGGACGAGGACGAGCUGGCCGACGAGAUGACCUGUGUGACAUCAUUCUGAUCUGGACCAAUCAGGGACGAGAGAGAGGAACUGAGAGAUGGUGCUUGAGCCUGUCAGGGUUUGACUGACAGAACAUUUGGCCAAUCAGGAGACAGGCAGAGAGAGAGGGGCGUGGCUUAAAUAGGUUAGAGGUCAGCAUGGAUAGAGUUCUUCUUCACGAGAACAGAGAAAUAUUUAGAGGAAGAAAGAAGAAGAGGGUGAGGAUGAAAGAGGAGAGCAAAGAACGAGAAGAACUGACGAAAGAUAAAACGAGAAAGGAACUCUUGGAAAAACAAUACAAGUCGUCAUGGUGACGCUUCCUGACUCAAGAGCCACAGAGCAGGUCUAGGUCCAGGUCCAGGUUGCUGAGCUCCAUGGGAUCACAGUGUACCCACAAUGCACCUCUGUUACCGUUCAGAUUCUGGAAUUUACUGUUUUGAAAUUGCAGAACUGAAAAUGUAAAAAUGUCCGAUCACAGUUUUCACUCUGAUGUUUCUCCAGUUUCAGUCUCAGUUUGUUUUCAGAUGUUCUUUGUUCACUGAACAGUUUCCUCUAAAACUACUGGAACACAAGGUCACUUCCUGUUUCUGUUGUUCCCUCAACAACAUGUAAACACUGUCAGCAGCAAAAACUCCUACUGCUGAAAGAGACCAUGGACACAUCUUGAGUCUUGGCUGCAGCUUUGACCGUCUGAGAGACGCGGUCAGUCUCUGCAGCGGAGCAGAACUCUGAUGAUGUUUUAAUUUUUUCUGUCGCUUCAGUGAGCUGCAGUGUUUCUGACUUUAACUCAGGAGGAAGCAGCUUUUCUCAGACUCAGAACAGAACUGAUCGUCUUAAAAUAACAUUUGAUGUUUGUUUGCACUGACUGCUUCACACCCUGUCGUCACCAAACUCUUUCACUCUUCAUGUGAGAGUUUUCAGCCUCUGUCAGGACUCAGGUCUUCAGUGAGCAACAGAAACAGGAAGUGGCCUCUGUGUGUUGGAGACUGACCUCCACCUGGGAUCAGACAGGUGUUCUCUCUCCUCUCUGCUUCCUGCUCUGUGGAGGAAAACCUUUCUCAUAUUUAAUGAUCGUGUCUUUUUAUUCUGAUCAGACGAUGAACUGAAAAGCCUUUUAGUUGUUUUCUAUUGGAGGAGAAACUGAGUGUUUGUUCAGUGUUUUCUUUUUUAAUGUUUGAUUUUUUUUUUAUCGGGACUCGUCCUCUUCGUGUCUCGUCUGAAGUUUGGUGUCCGUCAGAUUUCUGUUUCUCUUUCCAGCUGUUUAAGGGCUUUUCAACUUCACGCCUGGAUUUCCCCUGAAAGUCUCCUCACAUGUAGAGAUGUGUUCAGACGCUCAGCUCCGCCUGAACCCUCGUUUACCUCAAAUAAAG